AUGUGGGAUUCCAUAGUCAAGGUGUUGGCCAUGAUUCAUGAGGACGAACAUAAUCCUGGUCGAGUAGGUGGUUUGAGAAAAGAUCAAAAUAUUGUUCAAGCCAUGUCAUUGCUUAUUGAUGUGAAAGCACGUUUGAUCACCUUCAGAAAUGUUUCUGAAGAGAUGGAUCAUCGCUUUAAUGAGGUAUCAUCGGAGUUGCUCGUUUAUUUUUCUUGUCUUGAUCCAAGAAAUUCCUUCUCUAAGUUUGAUGUUGGUAAGAAUGCUCGACUAACGGAGAUCUAUGACGAAUAUUUCACAAUUGUUGAUCGUUCUCUUAUAAAAGAUCAACUUGAGACCUUCAUUAUACAUGUGAAAAGAAUUGAUGAUUUCACUGUUUGUCAUGAUCUUGGAAGUUUAGCCGUGAAGAUGGUUGAAACUGAAAAGCAUAUUGCUUUUCCAUUGGUCUAUCGCCUCAUUGAGUUAGUAUUGAUUCUAUCAGUGGCAACGGCAUCAAUUGAAAGAGCAUUCUCGGCUAUGCACUUAAUCAAGACAGAUUUGCGUAAUAAGAUGUCCGAUGAUUGGCUCAAUUACUUAUUGGUGCGCUACAUUGAGAAGGAGAUUUUUAAAGGACUUAAUUGUGAUAAAAUUAAGAAGAGUUUUCAAGUCAUGAAAGACCGCAAAAUGGACUUGCCGAGGAAACCUAAAGGAUCUAGACGUGCUUAG